GUUCAAAACAUAUAUUCUGAGAACGAACUAAAGAUUUACAUAUAUACAAAAUGUCAUCAAUUCUUCUUCUGAUGAUGAUUUUGAUCAUCUCUGUGCUUCUUCUUUUUUCACGCAAAUGGAUACAGAAAGCUAAUAAACAGCUCCCGCUCCCUCCAGGUCCAAUGGCAUGGCCUAUAGUGGGAUGCUUCCCUCAGCUGCUCAGAAACAAGCCGGUUUUCAAGUGGAUGCUGAAUAUGAUGGAAGAGAUGAACACCGAAAUCGCUUGCUUCAAACUUGGGGGAACCAAUGUGAUUGCAGUAACCUCCCCCGAGGUGGCACGCGAGGUACUGAAGAAACAAGACUCGGUGUUUGCAUCAAGGCCGACCUGCAUGUCGGCGGAGCUAAUCAGUAGUAACUACUUGACAUCCGUGGUUGCUCCCAUGGGUGAGCAAUGGAAGAAAAUGAGGAGAGUUCUUUCGUCCCAUGUGGUCUCGCCCAACGCGCUUAACUGGCUAUCUCACAAGCGGGCCACCGAAGCCGACCACCUCGUACGUUACAUCUACAAUCAAUGUAUUAGAAACGCCGCCACCUCAGGUGGUUGUGGAGGAGUAGUAGUAGAUGUGAGGGCGGCUGGGAAUCACUUUUGUGGGAACGUGAUGAAGCAGAUGGUGUUCAGCAAGAGGUAUUUCAAGGCCGGGACGGAAGAUGGAGGGCCAGGCGUGGAGGACGAAGAGCACAUUGAUGCCACAUUUGGAGUUCUUGAUCUUUUGUAUUCCUUUGGGAUCUCGGAUUACUUUCCUUGGCUAAGGAUGUUUGAUUUGGAAGGUCAUAGGAAAGCCAUCCAGAAAGCUGUGGAGGGUGUUAGGAAGUACCAAGAUCCUGAAGUUGAUGAAAGGAUUAAGAUGUGGAAGGAUGGGACCAAAACUGAUGAUGAUGAUGAGAAACAAGAUAUUCUUGAUGUUCUUAUCAACCUCAAGGAUGUCCGUGGUAAACCGCUACUAACAUCUGAAGAGAUUAAGGCACAAAUUCUUGAACUAAUGAUAACAAUUGUGGACAAUCCAUCAAAUGUGGUGGAAUGGGUUGUAGCAGAAAUGUUAAACCAACCAGAGAUCCUCAGAAGAGCGACCGAAGAACUUGAUAACGUUGUGGGAAGAGAAAGACUAGUACAAGAAUCCGAUCUUCCUCGGCUAAAAUACCUUAACGCAUGUUUAAAGGAAGCAUUUCGCAUUCAUCCAUUAUCAGCUUUUGUUCCUCCGCACCUAUGUUCUUCCGACACAAUCCUGUCUAACUAUUUCAUCCCCAAAGGUAGUCAUGUGAUGAUAAGCCGGCACGGGCUGGGGCGGAACCCUAGGAUUUGGGAGGAACCUCUCAAGUUCAAGCCAGAACGGCACUUGAAAAAUGAUGGGUCAGAAGUGAGUCUGGCUGAUCCAGAGGUGAAGAUUUUAUCCUUUAGUGCCGGAAGGCGUGGAUGUCCAGGUGUUCAACUAGGGUCUUUGGUUAGCGGGAUGUUGCUGGGUAGGCUUCUUCAAGGGUUUGAAUGGAGUGUGCCCUCUGGUGGAAGAGUAGACCUUAAGGAGUCAAAAAAUAGUAUCCUUCUUGCCAACCCUCUCAAUGCUCUUGCUAAGCCAAGGUUGCCUCACCAUAUCUACUCAUCCUAGCUUGCAUUCUUAAGUCGUAGCUGCUAGUAUUAUUUUAUUUGCAUGCAUAUAUGCAAAUGCAUGUAUUAGAUCAGAUCAUAUCCAAGUGAUUUAUCGUUAUGUAUUUAUCAUUAAAUUAAAGGUGCAGUGGCUGUAUGUAUCAUAUAUAGCAAAUACUAUACAGAAUAAUUAAUAUCGGCCAUCUUAAUAAUACAUAUUUUAAAAUUUAAUCCUUA